GGAAUCGAAGAUAAUCCCUGGAUACCUAAAAAUGAGUUGAAAAAUAUUAUCGGACGAGCUAUAGCAUUUGCGAAAAAACAUUCCUCACAUAAGAAGGCCCUUUCUGACAUUCUAGUUGAGGUAAGUUUUAAAAUCUCAUGGGCAAAUAAAACACCUAUUUUGAAUGAUGAUUACGCAGGCAGUGGAGCGGUAAAAAUUAAUGAAGAAGGGCCGAACCGAAUCCAAAAAAAUAUUAAUGCACUAAAGGGUAAACUUACCAAUGGUUCGGCACUACUUAAGAAGAAUAUGGCAGUACUUUACGAGAAAUUACUUCUCGGUGUCAAUCGGAUUUCUAUCUCUCAGUUGAACUGGAAAGAACCUCUUGCGAGCCAAGUGAUAAGUGAUCAUUCAGAUCUGGUACGACAAUUACCAGAUCGUCAAAAAGAACUUUUUAUG